AUGGUUCCAACACCUGGAACAACCAUUUCUGAAGAAUGUGAACGGUUAUUGGCCCCAGCUUCAUUAGAGGUUUCGGCUUCAUUAACUUCUGAAUUAGUAAAUGAAAAAAAAAGAGGACAAGAAUUUAUUGGUCAAAAUAUAAAAUCGUAG